AUGGCAAGCCCUAACUUCUACAAAAUACUUACAACUCUAGCCCCUAACCUUCUCAUCUAUGACUUCCUUCAGCCAUGGGCACCAGCACUAGCAGAAACACUAAAUAUUCCAUCUGUUAAUUUCCUAAGCUGCAGCACUACGAUGAUUUCUUUUUCCAUCCAUGAUUCAGGAAACCCUCGUGUUAAAUAUCCUUUUCCAGAAAUUUAUCUACACGAACAUGAGGUUAAUCAAUUCAACCAUCGGCUUGACUCCUUUGCCAAUGGUGUCAAGAAUGCCGACCGUAUCAAGGAUUGCUAUAAAAGGUCUUUGAACAUCAUUUUAAUCAAGACCUUUAGAGAGUUGGAAGGAAAACACAUUGAUUAUCUCUCACACUUAACUGAUAAAAAGAUGGUUCCAGUCGGCGCAUUGGUUCAAGAAGAGAUCAAUGAAGAAGAGGGGGAAGAAAUCAUUGAAUGGCUCAACAAAAAAGAAAGAUUGUCAACCGUGUUUGUUUCCUUUGGAAGUGAGUAUUUUCUGUCCAAGAAGGAGAUAAAAGAGAUGGCUCAAGGGCUAGAGCUUAGCAAGGCGAACUUUAUAUGGGUUGUUAGGUUUCCUAUGGGAGAGAAAGUAAGUGUUGAAGAGGCACUACCUAAAGGGUUAUUGGUGGAUUUGUGUCACUGUGGUUGGAGUUCUGUGAUGGAAAGCAUGAAAUAUGGUGUACCAAUUCUGGCCAUGCCAAUGCAUCUUGAUCAGCCAUUGAAUGCUAGAGUUGUUGAAGAGGUUGGUGUUGGUGUGGAGAUAAAAAAGGACCAAAACGGUUGGAUUCAAAAGGAAGAGGUGGCAAAAGUGGUUAAAGAAGUUAUCAAGGAGAAAAAUGGAGAGAGUGUAAGAAAGAAAGCAAAGGAAAUGAGUGAAAAUUUGAGAAACAAAGGAGAUGAAGAGAUUGAUGGUGUUGUGGAGGAAUUGGUGCAGCUUUGUCUGAAGUGCAAUUAA